AUGACUCCGGCAGCUGUACCUGAAAACAAACUAAAUGCGAAUCACCUUACCGUAAGGCGCAGCAAUGAUCAGCACUCUGUGCAACCAGUACAGCUCAUCAGCAGUGACUCAAAGGGUUGUCUGAGCCUGGUAUCGGUCAGUGAAUCUGCAGCAUCAUUAGAUAUCCUUCGUCAGUGGACUGGACAUGAGUACGAGGCUUGGAUAGCUGCGUUUAAUUACUGGAAUACUAACAUUGUAUAUUCAGGUGGGGAUGACUGUAAGCUGAAAGGUUGGGACACCCGAAGUGGAACAGACAGGCCUUCAUUCACUAGCACAAGGCAUACCAUGGGUGUGUGCAGCAUUCAGAGCAACCCUCAUAAAGAUGGCAUUCUGGUCACGGGAAGCUAUGAUGAACAUGUUCUUUUGUGGGAUACUCGGCAGAUGAAACAGCCAUUGGCUGAUACACAUGUUGAGGGUGGUGUCUGGAGAUUAAAAUGGCAUCCGAUCCAUGAACAUGUUCUGCUAGCAGCUUGCAUGCACAGUGGCUUUCACAUCCUGGACUGUAAGGAAGCAGUAGCUGGAAAUGCAGAAAAAUGCACUGUGCUGUCCUCUUAUGUUCUGCACAACUCCUUGGCUUAUGGAGCUGAUUGGUCAAAGCUGUCACUUAUGGACUGGCCAGUUAUGAAGCAGGGCCCUCGUUCAGCCUUUCAUAGUGAGUCGGACAUGGAAAACACUGAGCAAGGUGUUAAAAAGCCUGAAACCCAGAAGCAACAUCUGAAAAUCCUGUACGAGUCUCCCACUGCCAGUUUUGAUGUAAUUUUGGAGGAUGAUAUGGGAACUUACAUACCAGAAGAUGCUGGGGCUCAUGCCCUGGAAAAUAGCUCAAAGAUUGUUUCAGUCAGCAUACAAGGCAACCAAGACUGUAGUAUUCCUGAAAAUUAUUUUCAGUCUGAUAAAGAUGGUGAUACAAGUAAUUCUAAGGAAAGUAGCCUGAUAGCAACAUGCUCCUUUUAUGAUCAUGUUCUUCAUGUUUGGAAUUGGGAAUCCAGUACAGCAAAUUCUUCCAAAUAAAUCUGCAGUCAAAAUAUAGCAUUUUAAAGCAUUUAUCUACGUCACUUUCUGAAACAAAAUGUUUUUAUAUUUGGCAUUUUAGAAUAUUUUAUUGAUACAUAGCUUCUUGCAUCAUCUUUGCAAGUAUUUAUGUGCUGCCUUUCUGCUGGUAUUUUGAACUGCCAACAGACAGAAUAUUUUUGCAAUGAAAACAAAAACUUUUUUUUGCUGGUAAUAUAUGGUAUUCAGUGCUAGUAAGCACCAAUUUUGACAUCGUGAUGAAUCUGUUUCUGAAAAAAGGAUUAGAAUGUUGAUUUCAGAAAAAAUGCAUUUUUGUAUUCACAAAUAUAAUUUCAUCUGUUGUGAAGACCACUAAAUAUAAUGUUGAGAGUUUUCAUGCAUUUCAUUUUAGACCAGCUUUAAUUUUUACCACUUUUUUAUGGAAAUAGCCGAGCAAAUUAUUUGUAAAUUUCUUUUUCUGAUAUAGGAAAUUAAACAUUUUAUAAUGUA